UAAACAAACCCUGCACCCAUCACCCCAUUUUAGGAAACGGCUCCAGCGAAUUUAUGACGUCACGUGCUGUUGGAGCACGCGGAUCCUUUGGCGUUUUGGCGCGCUUUCUGUUUGAAUUCGAACAGCGUUCUGACGUUCCAGACAUCUGCUUUACGUGCUGUUUUUCAGGGCUGAAUUUUUGCAAUAUAAAAAUGAUAGUACCGUCAGUAACACUGAUGUCAGGAGUGCAGAUGCCACUUUUGGGUUUAGGCACCUACAAGCUACAGGACCAUGAGCAGCUGAAGUUGUCUGUCAGCUCUGCUCUUCAGGCAGGAUACCGAGCCUUUGACACAGGUGCCGUCUAUGAAAAUGAGGCACAUCUAGGGCAAGUUCUCAAAGAGCUGUUGCCCAAGUAUGGUCUAAGCCGUGAAGAUGUGUUCAUCAUCAGUAAGCUUGCCCCAUUAGACCAUGGGCCGAGGGCAAAGGAAGGCUGCCUGAGGAGUCUGGCACAACUAGACUGUGAAUACAUUGACCUCUAUCUGGUGCACUGGCCUGGGAUGGAGGGUCUUGACCCAGGGGAUUCUCGCCAUUCAGAGUAUCGGGCGCAAAGCUGGGCCACCCUAGAGGAGUUCUAUACCAGCGGCAAAUUCAAAGCCAUAGGGGUUUCAAACUACACCUCAAAGCACAUUAGGGAGCUGCUCAUGAGUUGUCGUGUGCCCCCAGCGGUCCUUCAGAUAGAGUGUCAACCGAAGCUGAUCCAGAGGGAAUUGAGAGAUUUAUGUAUGGAGACAGGCAUUCACUUCCAGGCCUACUCUUCUUUGGGUAAAGGAGCUCUCCUUAGGGAGCCAGAGGUAAUGGAUAUAGUGAGGAGCUGUGGUCGGACCCCUGCCCAGGUUCUCCUAAGGUGGGCUGUGCAGCAAGGCAUCUCGGUUCUGCCUCGGUCCUCGCAGCCAUGCAGAGUGCAGGAGAACGUGAAGGUGUUUGACUUUGAGCUAAGUGAGAUGGAUAUAAUGAGGCUGGACGCCCUGAAUUGUGGAACACGGUUUUGUAAACGAGACUCUAGCAAAAUAGCAUAAGUGCUGAUUGGACAAUUUCUUUAAUAAAACCAGUGCAAAAUGAUUUAAAAAAUAAAGAUUAUCAUUGUAAAUA